CGGCUGCUGAGCUCCCUGCAGUACAACAGGAACCUGCUCAAGUACCUGAACGACGACAGGCAGAAGCAGCCGUCCUUCUGCGACCUGCUGAUCGUCGUCGAGGGCCGCGAGUUCAGCGCGCACAAAGUGGUGGUGGCCGUGGGCAGCAGCUACUUCCACGCGUGCCUGAGCAAGAACCCCGGCACGGAUGUCGUCACCCUGGACCACGUCCCGCACUCCGUGUUCCAGCACCUGCUCGAGUUUCUCUACACGUCGGAGUUCUUCGUGUACAAGUACGAAAUCCCGCUGGUUCUAGAGGCCGCCAAGUUUCUGGACAUCAUCGAUGCGGUCAAGCUGCUCAAUAACGAGAGCGCGGCGGCGCUGCAGUCCGAGCUGACGGGCGCGGCGCCGCCCGAGGCCGCGGGGGGACUCGUGUCGCGGCACCAGUGCGGGUUCUGCAGCCGGCACUUCUGCUACAAGAAGUCCCUGGAGAACCACCUGGCGAAGACGCACCGGCCGCUCCUGCUGGGGAAGAAACAUGGGCUAAAAAUGCUGGAGAGAAGUUUUUCCACGCGGAGGUCACAAAGGAAUCGCAAGUGCCCAGUCAAGUUCGACGACACCAGCGACGAGGAUCAGGCCAGCGGCGACGGCUCGGACAGUUUGAACCAGGAGCGUUUCGAGCAGGAGAAGUCGGAGGGCAUCGACUCCGAGGACGCGGGCAGCGAGUACAACGCCGAGGAGGACGAGCUGGACGAGUCCUCGGACGCCGCGGAGCAGAGCGACAAGGAGCCGCGCGACGCGGGCGACGAGGCCGAGGCCGGCGACUCGGCGGGGCCCUUCCGCGGCGGCCUGACCCCCGUCGUCCUGCAGAACAGCAGCAAGAAAAUCCUGCAGUGUCCCAAGUGUGACAAGACAUUUGACCGAAUAGGGAAGUAUGAGAGCCACACACGUGUGCACACAGGUGAGAAGCCCUUUGAGUGUGAUGUCUGUCACCAGCGCUAUUCCACAAAGUCUAACCUGACUGUCCACAGGAAGAAGCACAGCGCUGACACAGAGGUCCCUAAGAAGGAGCACAGGUGCCCUCGCUGUGAUAAGCUCCACGCCAGCAAGAAGACGUUAGCCAAGCACAUUAAGAGAUUCCAUCCUGAAAAUGCCCAAGAAUUUAUUUCCAUUAAGAAGACUAAGAGUGAAAGUUGGAAAUGUGAUAUUUGCAAGAAGUCUUUUACCCGAAGACCACACCUGGAGGAGCACAUGAUUUUGCACUCGCAAGACAAACCUUUUAAGUGCACCUAUUGUGAAGAGCACUUCAAGUCGCGAUUCGCACGCUUAAAGCAUCAAGAAAAGUUCCACCUGGGUCCUUUUCCAUGUGACAUCUGUGGUCGCCAGUUUAACGACACCGGGAAUUUGAAACGCCACAUAGAAUGCACCCACGGUGGGAAGAGGAAGUGGACGUGCUUCAUCUGUGGAAAAUCUGUACGGGAGAGAACUACUUUGAAAGAACACUUGAGAAUCCACAGCGGAGAGAAGCCUCAUCUUUGUAGUAUUUGUGGGCAAAGCUUUCGUCACGGAAGCUCAUACAGGCUUCACCUACGAGUGCAUCAUGACGAUAAAAGAUACGAAUGCGAUGAAUGUGGGAAAACGUUUAUCCGUCACGACCACCUCACGAAGCACAAAAAGAUACAUUCAGGUGAAAAGGCUCAUCAGUGUGAAGAAUGUGGGAAGUGUUUCGGCCGCAGGGAUCACCUGACCGUCCACUACAGAAGCGUGCACCUGGGGGAGAAAGUGUGGCAGAAGUAUAAAGCAACCUUUCAUCAAUGUGAUGUUUGUAAGAAGAUUUUUAAAGGCAAGUCAAGUCUCGAAAUGCAUUUUCGGACACAUUCAGGUGAAAAACCAUACAAGUGUCAAAUCUGCAAUCAGUCUUUUAGAAUUAAGAAGACCUUAACAAAACACCUGGUGAUUCAUUCCGAUGCCCGGCCUUUCAACUGCCAGCACUGUAAUGCGACGUUUAAGCGCAAGGACAAGCUCAAGUACCACACCGACCACGUCCACGGCAUAAAAUCUCCCGACGACCCUCUGAGCACUUCCGAGGAAAAACUGGUGGCCUUGCCCGUAGAGUACUCGUCCGAUGACAAACUCUUUCAAGCAGACACGAAACAGUACCUGGACCGGCCCAAAGCCUAUCCGUCGGGAGCCAAGACGAUGCUACAGAACGUGUCCGCCGAGGUGUGCGUGCCCGUCACGCUGGUGCCCGUUCAGAUGCCCGACUCCCAGAGUGACCUGGUGCGUCACACGACCACCCUCCCGCCACCUUCUCACGAGAUCUUGUCGCCCCAGCCACCGUCCGCUGAGUACCCCCGAGCGGCCGACUUGGCUUUUCUGGAAAAAUACACCCUGACGCCUCAGCCCGCAAACAUAGUCCACCCGGUGCGGCCCGAGCAGAUGCUGGACCCGGGCGAGCAGUCUUACCUGGGGACGCUGCUGGGCCUCGACGACGCGGCUGCGGUGCCCAGCGCCUCGGGCGACGAGCACCGGUCCUGAGCAAGCCCCGCGGCC